UACAACUCCACGAGCUUCCACGGCUCAGCGUCGGCGCGCAGGGCCAUGACAGCUCCGAGGGCGCUACCAGUACCACCGCACACCGCGCGGCGCGCCCAGGGCCGCCACCCCCGUUCCACGCCUGCGCCGCCGCCGCCGCCGCGCCACCAUCUCCAUCCACAGCAGCAGGGGGCCACGGCGUCCGUGCUGGGCGUCGGCGUCCCGAGAGCCUGGCUCUCGCAGCGCACCCCAGUCCUCGGCCUCCGCGCCUGGGUCCUCGUCGCCGCAGGCGCUGCGGCGGCCGCCCUCGCCCUCUUCUGCCUCGCCGUCUGCCUCUGCCGCCGCUGCAGCCGGCGCCGCGCACCGCGCCUGGCCCCGUGCCCGCAUCGGCCCGGCGCCAGCAAGUCCCUCAAGCACCGCGUGCAUGCGCACCAUCAAGCAGCGACAAUGCCGCCGCUCCCGCCGCCGGCCAACAAGGACGCCGAGGAGGCUGCCGCUCGCUGGCGCCCCGCUUCGUUCGAACAGCCGCCGAUCCAGGCCAUCAAGGCGGAGCAGAAGGCGCCGCUGAUCCUCGCGGAGCAUUUCGCGAAUUCGACGAGCGGCGAGAGCACCGCGAGCGACCAGGGCGGCAGCGAUGCGGAGGUUCCAGAGGCGGCGCGGCGCGGGUGGGGCCGGCGGUACACGCGCCGCGAGAUGGAGGAGGCCACGGGCGGGCUCGCCGCCGCCAACAUGGUGGGCGAAGGCGGGUACGGCGUCGUGUUCAGGGGCGUGCUCCGCGACGGCACCGCCGUCGCCAUCAAAAACCUCCACAACAACAGGGGUCAGGCCGAGAAAGAUUUUCGAAUGGAGGUUCAGACAAUCGGGCGCGUCCGGCACAAGAACCUGGUGAGUUUGCUCGGCUACUGCAGCGAGGGAGCUUGCAGGAUGCUUGUUUACGAGUACAUGGAGAAGAGUAAUCUGGACAAGUGGCUGCACCACGACGACAGCGAAACCAGCUCACUGACCUGGGACAUCAGGAUGCGCAUACUCCUUGGAACGGCCAGAGGGCUGGCCUACCUCCACGAGGGUCUGGAGCCCAAGAUAGUUCACCGCGACAUCAAGUCCAGCAACAUCCUCCUGGACCGGCAGUGGAGCGCCAAGGUGUCGGACUUCGGGCUCGCCAAGCUCCUCUGCUCGGAGAGGUCCUACGUCACCACCCGUGUCGUGGGAACGUUCGGGUCGGUGUCGCUUUUUCUCUGUUUUUUUUUCGCAGGGAGAGAGGGCUGUUGUUUCAGUUCAAGGGAGUUCGUCAUCGUCUCCCGCGUGCGUUGCAGGUACGUGGCGCCGGAGUACGCCGAGACCGGGAUGUUGAACGAGAGGAGCGACGUCUACAGCUUCGGAGUGCUCGCGAUGGAGGUCAUGACCGGCAGGACUCCAGUGGACUACACUAGACCAGCCGACGAGGUGAACCUGGUGGAGUGGCUGAAGCGCAUGGUCGCCGACCGGAGGGUGGAGGAGGUGCUGGACCCGAGGCUGCCGGAGCCGCCGCCGUCCAAGGCGCUGAAGCGGGCGGUCCUGGCCGCGCUCCGGUGCGUGGACCCGGACGGCAGCCAGAGACCCACGAUGGCGCACGUGGUCCAUAUGCUCGAAGACGACCAGAUUCUCAGAGACGAAUUCAAGCUCGCGCGGGAUCUGUCUCCUCGGGAGUCGGAUAGCUACGAACGCGAACACAGCAGGUGAUGGAUGGGAGGCAGGGCAGCAGUCUGGGACAGGGACAGGACACUGGGAGGGAUGUUAAUAAUAGCAAGAUGUUUUUGGUACAAGUUGAGAUCUCUUGCCUUGUAAGAUUGUACGUAUGUGACACCUUUGGUUAAUAACAGGCAUACGGUAUUCUUGAUCAUC